UCAGUUUCCUAACCCAUCCGAGGGAGAACGCUGCCUCGACUGUGCGCGUCGCGCGUCUUCUCUGUUCCCGGAAUUAUUCCCUGCGUUUCUUUUUACGCGGCUUUAGAGCACUUCGAGGCAGUGGUGUGCUUUGCAGUUUGCUGAAACUGCUGCUGUCAAAUUCCACGCAAUCAUUUUGUUGACUCCGUUAAACUGAACUGCCGUUGUAGCGCAAGCCUGGCUGAUUCAUCUUUGAGGGUGCAUUCAUCCCUUGGAGAUCGCAAACUACAUACAAGACAGAGGACUGCAUAAAUUCUUCUGAUUCGUGCUGUACAUUACACAGACUAGCAGUCUCAACUGGUCGGAAGUUUCGAGGAAUAAUCGGGAACAUUUAUCCUAGGGGAAAUUAGUUUGGGGGGAAAUCGCUCUCUUUGGAGAUUUAACGCAGGAUAAGUCGUAUCGGGUUUUUUUUCUGAGGAUUUGGUCUUAGUGCUUAUUUCAGUCCUAUUUCACGGAGUAUUCAAGCUGUGGAAGUUUCGGCGCAACGACGGAAAAUGGGCAUAGCUGGUUGUCUUGUUCUGCCUUGGAAAUGCCUGGUUGUAGUCGCUCUAAGACUGCUGUUCCUUGUGCCCGCAGGAGUGCCAGCACGAAGCGGAGAUUCUUAUUUAAAGGACAACAUCACUGUCAGACAAGGGGACAGUGCUGUGCUGAAAUGCAAUGUGGACAGCAAGGUAUCAAGGGUAGCUUGGCUGAAUCGGACCACCAUUCUCUUUACGGGAAGUGAGAAAUGGUCUUUGGACCCACGGGUGGUUCUGCUAAACAACACAGCAGUGACGGAGUACAGUAUAAAGAUCCUGGAUGUGAACUUACAUGAUGAGGGACCAUACGUCUGCUCCAUCCUCACAAACAAGAAACCAGAGUCCACCAAAGUUCAUCUCAUCGUGCAAGUUCCUGCCCGGAUUGUGAACAUAUCCAGAGACAUUACAGUGAAUGAAGGAAGCAACAUCAGUCUCAUGUGUCUGGCCAUUGGACGACCUGAGCCCAGCAUUAUUUGGAAAUAUCACUCUGCCAGGGGUCAAAGAUUUGUCAGUGAAGGGGAGUAUGUUGAAAUGACUGCAAUCACCAAAGAGCAAUCCGGAUCAUAUGAGUGCAUCUCUUCAAACGACAUUUCGCCUCCAGAUGUGAGGACAGUACAAGUCACUGUAAACUAUCCUCCGGUCAUUUCAAGGGCUCGCAGCACAGGAACCCCUGUUGGUCAGAGAGGGGUACUGCAGUGCGAGGCAUCAGCAGUUCCUCUGGCUGACUUUCAGUGGUAUAAAGAGGACCGACGACUCUUCAAUGGCCUGAAUGGAGUGAAAAUUGAAAACAAAGGUAAACAGUCCAUGCUCAUAUUUUUUAAUGUGUCUGAAGCGGACUACGGGAACUAUACCUGUGUGGCCAUGAAUACACUGGGAAUCACAAAUGCAAGCAUAAUCCUUUAUGGUGCAGGGGUGAUGCAUGAUGUGAACAGUGCUGCACCUUCUCCACUCAGCUCUUUCCACCCUAUGCUCAUUCUGAUUCUCUUUUACCUGAGCAGGUUUUGAUGCUAGAGACACCACCUACUGCGUCGUCAGCUUCUCUCGGCAUUACACCAAGACUCAGAAGCACGUUGUCAUUUUAUUAUUAGAUUAUUAUUAUUGUUUUGGUAUUUUUUGUUGUUGUUUUAGGU